UCCCAUACUCACAUGGCUCUCCAUGAUGAAACCCCUAGCCAAAACACCUCCCAAACCCAUCUUUCCACCUCCUUCCCGCGGUGGCCUACUCACCGGAGAAUUUCUCUGCGUAGGCGUAAACUUCCCUCGGUGCGUUUAGGUGGAAAGAAGCCUCGACGAGGGUUCUUUUUGUUGAAAAUGCUGAGAAAGAUGAGACUAAGGUGGCUAAAAUUGCAUUACUCAUGCAUGUUAAGGAAGCUGAAGGAAUAUUAUAGGAAUUUGAUUAAGGAUGUUAUUGAUGCUGGAGCUACUAUAGAAGCUUAUCAACAAAGGCUCGUAAUGGAGGCUAGUUUUGCUGUUCCUGUUAUGGGUUUAUCUUUCUCUAGCUAUCCUUCCAUGGCUGGAUCAGAUCGCCCUCGAUCCAUUUUUAUGUAGAUUUUUUUUGUUGUCUUCUUCUUCGGUUUUAUUAUUUUUUUUCUUUAGCUUUUUUUUUUGUUCUAUCUAAAGUUGUUAAUUACA